AUGUCUCUGCGCGCCACCACCGACCCUCGCUACGACUAUCGCUACGACUUGCAGCGCUCACCCAGCCAGCCGUCGCUCACGCACACUGUCACGACCGAGUUGUCAGAUGACCAGGGCCGCGCUCUCACGACCCCCUACGCCACCUCUGUCGAGUUUGACGCAAUCACAAUCGACGACCAUGGUCACCUCCUACCUGAGGGAGCGGCCCCUGCGCGGCCCGGCGCCACCUCUGUCGCUGGUGGUUCGUGGGGCCGUUCCUCUGGUCGCUCGUCCAUUCGCAAGUUGGCCAACGCGCCCAACGUACCAUCGCGCGCCAUCCCCGAAUUCCUUGGACCCACACCAAGACCAACUCUCACUCCCACUCCUCCCUCACCCGCACCAUUUCAUCAGACCGACAGCAUCUACAAUCGCAAAAGCAAGCGCCUAUCGUUGACGCGAUCCCUCAACGACCUCCGCGAGCGCCGGGCCGCAGACAAGGCCCGUAAGCGCGCCAGCACAGUGUCAGAAAAGCUGCCUAGUCGCGUCCCCGAUCGCCCACCAGAGCUACCCCCGGUCCCCUCCAUCCCGUCCAUGUACAAGACGGCUGGCUCAUCGUACAAAACCCAUUAUCAGCCCCAGCCCCAGCCACAACUCGGACCGCCUCGCACUCCGGGGUCUAGGUUAUCCAUGUUGCCAUCAAGACGUCAAGCGACCGGGCAAGGCAGCGUCAGUGUGCCGCCGGCGCCACCGACGCCCAAGUCCUCCGGCUUUGCGGGUUUGAUUCGCAGGCUCACGAGCAAGAAGAGCAGGGCGGAUCUCUCACAGCCUGUCCCACCUGUCCCGCCUGUCCCGCCUGUCCCACCAAUGCCACGCUCGCAGGCAUUGGGCGUACAACGGUCCGCCACACGCCAAAUGCCCGCACAAGGUCCGUUUGGAUCGAUGGGCCGCAAAACUCGUCUAGACAAUGUCCCGCAGGUCGAGGCGCCCAAAGCCGUCCGCGGCAUGUUGGCCGAGAUGAAGGACGGGUCAGGCAGCCUACAGCGCCGAGGGACAGACAGACAUGAGAGGCAGAGUCUCAUACGUCGCGUCCCUGUCCCGGCAUACUCGAUGGACGAGUUUGAGCCCAUCAUCGACCCCCACAGCCUCCCCGCGCCGCCCGAUUCUCCCGUCCAGCUCGAGGCCGCUGCCGAUGCGCGCGCAGACGCGUUCGCGAGGCUAGUCGGUUCGCGCAUGGCUGCGUCUUCGAUAAAAUCUACCGACUCGGGCUCAUCCCAGCGUGUCCGUAUCCGUGCCCCGGUCCCGCCGCCCCGAACCAACUCGGAGCGCUCGAAGCACUCGACGCCGGGAUCCAAGUCGGCCUCUGAUGUGCCCGUCACGCCCCCGCCAGAGGCUAUGGAUGUUUUCAAGGCUUCACCGAUACCGGUCCCCAUGGUGGCACGCGAAGUUUCCGAGGAGCCAGAGUCGAUAGGCGACGACCGCCCGAUGCCAGGCUCGUCCAUCGAGAUCAAGUCGGUCCGCCGGUUCUCCGUUUCAUCGCAGGUUGUGGUGAUUGACAAGGACGCCAGCGGCGAUAUGCGCCAGCCCCAACACAACAUUGUGUUGGGUCGCUCGGUACCGCCUUCCACUCAUCCCACGACCUCAAACUUCUCCAAGAGGGAGAUGCCGAAUGGCCACCCAGUACCAGUGCCUCAAGGCAGCCAUGAACAACCGCAAGUGACGGCCCUCAUCAUUCCGGUCCCUAUGGUGGGGGGCUCGCCACUCACUUUCGGCGGCAAGCCGGCCCGGCCAGUUCCAAAGCAACAGUCGUUUUCCCAGCAGCCCUUCCCGGCAGAGAGCCCGACAGACCUCGACUCGUUUGGACACGACUUUGUCCCCUUGGCCCGGCCAGUCCCAAAGCAACAGUCGUUUUCCCAGCAGCCCUUCCCGGCAGAGAGCCCGACAGACCUCGGCUCGUUUGGACACGACUUUGUCCCCUUCCGUGAUCUCAGCCGCCAGGACUCAACCAACGAUUUCCACUCGGCAUAUGGCCACGGGUCUGUCUUCGGAUCAGACGCUGACCACAAUCCAGGUCCUCAUGGGCGACAGGCCAACUACAGUGGCAGCCGCUCCGAUCUGGGCCACACAAUGGUCAGGGGUCCGAAUGGCGCGAGCCGCUCGGAUCUUGGUCACGGAUAUUCGGUGCAGACGGCGCGAAUGUUCAGCGCGAGUACCACCCGCUCCGACCUCGGACACGGCAGCGACCUGACGCAGCACCCGUUCGUCGCGUCUGGUCAUCUCCCAGGACGCGGGAUGAGCGCCUCGCGUGACAACUAUGGGAACUCUCCCAUGGCGAGCCGCUCAGACCUCGGGCACGUCGUUUCGCCGAUGGUCAGCCGCUCUGACCUUGGACACGGCAUGCGCCCCGGUCCGCAGUCAGAGAUGGGCAAUGGUUCACGCUCAGAGAUUGGCCACGGCUCUCGUUGGGAGAGCAGCAGAUACUUGCGCCAAGCCUCGCUAUCUGAGAAUGGUCACGGCCGCCCAUUGCCAGGCAAGCGCUCAGUUCCGGAUUUACGGAUGGCCAAGACGUCUUUCCCAGACUUGCGCCAGAUCAGCUUGAUGAGCCGGCAGGUGCCGCGCGAUGCCUCGCAGCAGCAUCGCAGCGGCUCGGCCGCCAGCCACCGCAUCCCCUCGCAUCAGGCGUCAUGUGGUGACCUUUCUCUCGCGCGAGGAUCGAGUACCGCGAGCCGGCGCCUCGGAGGACGCAAAGCCUCGUAUGACGACUUUGGGCGUCUCACUGCGUCAUCGCACGGGCAUGGCAGUGCGAGCGGGCACGGACACGAAAGCGACGAGUUCUACUCGGCGCUCGACCACUCGAGUAUUGGCCACGGGUCGUCGUGGCUAAACGAGGACCCUAGAGCGACGCCAACACCUCGGACACCUCGCACACACCGCACGUUUUCAGGCAGUUCAUCCGCGCGUGAGGCUUCCGUUGACGACGGGCUCAUCUCGGGCGGGAGCGGGAGCCGUACACGCCUGCGCUCGCUCACGCGCAAGAUGAGCAAGAAGACCAAGCAGCCGCCAACGAGCUACGACGCAUACGCCGAGAAGCAGGUGCAGAUACUCACUCGUCGCAAGAGCUGCAAGCCCACCAUGCACUCGGACGCAAGUCUGGCAGCUGAAAUCUACGAGGUGACGGACAAGGAGGACGCGCGUGUUAUGGAGGCGGUGUUCAUGGCGUAG